UCUCAAAUAGGUCAUUAAUAUUCAAAUUGGCUAAUUGUUUUCCGUUAACAGUAUGUGACGUAUUUGGUCGAUCGAUUGUAUUCCUCGGGAAUAAGUUUUUUAGAGUGAUCUUCUUGUUAUUUGCAGUGUAAUCCAAUCACAGGAUGAAAGUAAAAUAAACUCGUGUAAAUGGGCAACUCGCAAGGAAGACCUUCGUCCGUACCUCCUGUGAGUACCAAGAGCCCAAGAUCAGGAAAGUAUCCAGAAUCAAAACACAAUAUCAGCAAAAAUGGAUUAGACCAUCAUCCUAACAAAAGAAACGCUCAUCAUUCUAAAGUUGAAUUUGAUAUUCCUGAUUUUUUACAAGAAAAACAAGAGGUGAGAAAGAGCCCAGUUUUUCAAAGACAUCUUCGUGAUCCAGAUCCAGUUAUAGUGCAAGAGGGAACAUCCGUAAAUAGAGGGCUACUUAUUCCUAAGUCAGAGCUGCAAGUUCCAGAUUUUUUGUCACAAACUCAGUACCAUGGUAAACUGCUUAAUGUGACAAGCAAACAAGAAGUUAUUGAGAAGCGUCAAUCAUACCCUUCAAUUGAAGACAUGACAGAUAAAUCAAAUUCACAAAGAUAUGUAAAGCCUCGUCAACAUUCUAAGCAGCAUAAUACAACUACGAUAGAGCAAACAAAGUCUUCACAUUCUAAAAGCAUGAGUAGUUUACAUAACACUGAAGUAGGCUUAACACAAACUAAAUCAAAUGAUUUCAUUGAUGAUUUUGGAGCUUUUUCACUGAAGCGAAAGUCCAAAACAGUUGUAGAUAAUGACAAGAAUAAUGAUAACCAUUCAAAGGGAAGACUUGCUCCAGGUGUGACAUCUGCUAGGAAAUAUGUAGUAAAUCAGCCAAUGACAUCAAGAAAUGCAAGUAGAGACAUGCAUGAUAAUUCUCAUAUGAGUGGUAUGGAUGAUGACAGUCUCCAAAGUAUGUCUUCAAUAUCAAAUAAAGAUAGUCGUAACAACUUUGUGGCACAAAAACUGCCUCAUUCAUUUCACUCACAAGAUGAUAUUCAGGUUCCUCAAGGGUAUGAGUCUCCUGAUUCAGCAUUAGGCUACAUUGCAGAUUCUAGUGUAAACAAUCCAGACAGCUCUAUAGAGAGUGGUAGGAAGAUCACCAGACAAAAUUCUCUACAGGCUCACUUGAGACAGAGACUUCAAGAUUAUGAGAGAUUCAAAGAAAUCCAUUCUAAUAGUGGAGUUCAUGCUCGUUAUGAUAGUGACUCCACAACCAUCAGUGAUCAAAGUAUCUUUGGCAAAGGGAUGUCAUCAGUUACACCUCUUUCACAUCCUAACUUUGUUCAUAUAAACAGUCUUCAGGAUGGUAUUUUAUUAAAAAUAUUAUCUUAUCUGAACACAUUAGAACUGUGCAAGACAUCAGGUGUUUGUAGGAGGUGGCAAAGUUUAGCUUGGGAUCCCAUUCUCUGGAAUAAAAUUGAAAUUGUGAAUUACAAAGAAAGUAAUAUCAAUAGAGUUCUACGAAACUUGUUAGGAACACUAGCUGAAGGCACACAAGGAUACUGUUUAACUGUCCACCACAUCAGGCUUAAUGGAUGUGAACUUCUCUCUGAUAAAGCUCUGGGAUCUAUUGCAAGAUACUGUAUUGAUCUUGAAAAGCUAGAGGUGGAUGGAUGCUGUUGUAUCACAAGCAGAGGACUUCAAGAUUUAUUACUGAAUUGCCAUAGUUUGUCACAUCUGAAUUUAAGUGGUUGUACCUGUGUUAACAGCUUAUCAAUGCCAAAUGCAAAUGGGUUUUCACUAGAAAACAAUGCGACAUAUUUAAAGCUGCUUCAGUUAGAUUUGAGUGAUUGUGUUGCAUUUGAUGAUUUUGGUCUGAGAACAUUAGGCUUAACAUGCAGAAUGUUGGAAACUUUGUAUUUGAGAAGAUGCAGCAGAAUAACAGAUGUUGGAAUUAAACAUAUUGCAAGCCACUGUCAUCACUUAAAGGAACUCAGCACCAGUGACUGUUUUAAGAUUAGAGAUUUCAGUCUCAAGGAGAUUGCCAAAAAUACUCCUGGGCUGCGAUACUUGAGUGUAGCCAAGUGCCCUGUCAGUGAUACAGGUAUUAAAUACAUUGGACGGCACUGUGUUCGGUUAAAGUACUUGAAUAUUCGUGGAUGUGAUGCUGUUACUGACAUUGGCAUUGCAUAUGUGGUUCAGAAUUGUUUAAAGUUGAGAUCUAUUGACAUUGGAAAGUGCAACAUCACAGACAAUGUCCUUCAUACAAUUGGAAUUCACUGCCCACAGUUGAAGAAACUUAGCAUUCGAGGCUGCAUUAAGUUGACAGAUGAAGGGAUCAGAAGUAUUGCCACACAGUGCUGCAACCUACAAUAUUUCAAUGUGCAAGAAUGCAAUUUGAGUUAUGACACCUUUACAUACAUCAGAGAACACUGCAGAAACUGUAUCAUAGAACAUACUUGUCCUGCGUUUUUCUAGAGUUUCAGAAGUGAAUAUAUAUUUAUAUUAUAAUUUUUAAUGAAUGAUUAGCCUGUUUGAUAUGACUGGACUGUUCCAUAACUGUAUGAUUAAAGGAAAGUACAAGUUAGUGAAGCAAUCAUGCUUGUACAAUAAGAAAGAACAAAGGUUGUUAGGAUCAAAGUUAUGACUUCUAUAAUAAUAACUGGUUGCASAUGGCCAUAAAUUUGGCUGCAGAUGACAAAAAUGUAUGUCAGUACCAGCACUGUUAUUAUAGACUUUAGUGUUAAGUUUUGUUUUAUAAAUUUCCAUAAAGGACAAAUUUAAUUUCAUGAACAUGCAUUUUAAACAUUCAUACAGCUAAUUUUUAUUUACUAGAUGCCAUUAUUUUUGACGGACAUUUUUUAAUGGAAAACAUUUUCAGGAUUAGCUAAUCACAACAAAAAAGAUUAGUAGUUGACAAAGCUAUUAUUGUCUGGCCUAGUUUUGCAGUUUUAUAGUUACUUAAAGUUAGAUAAUUGAAUAUAAUUGUAGUUACAGAAAUUAGAUUGCUUUAUAUUUAUUCAUCAAUAUUAAGUUAUAUGUUUAAGUUAUCAGAUGGCUAGCACACUAUCAUAUAAACACAUAGAUGGUAGAUUUUAUAAGCCUUUGGCCAUCAACACUUUUUCUGUUAAGAGCUUAUGAUUGUUGUCAAAGUUGUGUAUGAAAGUAUGAUUUGUCUUCAGACACUUGUUUGUAUCAUUGAGUAAAAAAAACGUACAACCUUAA